AUGAGCUCACCGUCACAACCAAUAAACAUCAAGAGCCCCAAGUUAUCCAGCGAUGGUCAAGGGCUCUCGUCGUCGUUUGCCCCGUCCAUGGGCACCCCCAACCGCAAUAAUUUGCGUGCACCGUUCGUUGGAACACCACCUCUGCCCAACAUCCCACCACGGAGCUCUAGUGGCACCCCAAUGCAAAGGACUGGAUCUCCAAUGCUGAACAACAAUGGCUUCUCAACAGCAGGCGGCCCGAGCGGAAUAUCCCAGUCAUUUACGAGGCCAAUGUCGAUCUCUGGGAGCCCGAAUCCAAACGCACCUAACAUCGAUUUCGAGAGUCUGACUGAUGAAGACAAGGCCAGAGUCCUCAGAAAGCACCUAGUCUCCAAAGAUGCUCGUUCCAAGUACGACGGAAAGCCAAAGUCAAUUGCCGGUUCGGAACUCGACGUUCCCCAGCAUGGUUCGGACAACGGCACGUCGCACCCCGACUCCAGGCGCUCGUCGGUCGGAGCUGACGAUGGAAAGCGAAUGAACCGGGAGGAAACAGACCCCUUCCCCAUCCCUUACAAUGCUCCUGGUGCGGACGUGACCCACGACAUCUACAAAUGGCAUGCGGACCAACGCCGCCAGGCUGGACGCGCCCGCGCUGUAUCAUUCCAUGCUCCAGAACCAACGCCUCAUCCUGCUUUCGAACAUAUCCAUGAACCCGGUGGCUUCAGAAGGAACUACUUGAAACUACGUGCCAAUGAACAAGGGGCCGAGGAGCCACCGAUGCUCGACAACUUUAUCGACUUCUUAACCCUCUUUGGCCACUUUGCUGGAGAAGACCUCGAAGAAGACGAGGAAGAGAAGGAUAGCGAUGAGGAGGCCGCCGAGGCUGAAGCUGAACUCCAAGCUGCCGAGGCUGCUGGAUUGGGAGAAUCAACUCCCUUGUUGCGUGGUGCUUCUGCAUCUAGGACGCGUUCGCGUUCUAGACGAAGGCGCGGUGCAUCUGUGGGGCCGCAGGGUGGAACAGCAACUGUCACGCAAGCCGUUUUGAUGUUGCUUAAAUCAUUCAUAGGAACUGGUGUUCUAUUUCUGGGCAAAGCCUUCUUCAAUGGAGGCAUACUUUUCUCUUCAAUCACUUUCGUCUUUAUUGCGGGUAUAUCACUGUAUUCGUUCUUGCUCUUGCUCGAUGCCAAGAAUGCUGUUCCGGGAAGCUUCGGAGCGUCUAAACGACACUUUAUAGACAUCGGCGGUAUCUUGUAUGGUCCCCGCAUGCGAUACCUUAUCCUCGGAUCUAUCGUAAUCUCGCAAAUGGGCUUCGUCGCCGCCUACACCAUCUUCGUUGCAGAAAAUCUGCAAGCCUUUGUCCUCGGAAUCACCGACUGUCUGAAGCUUGUCCCUGUUCAAUACUUCAUCCUCGCCCAACUGCUCAUCUUCGUCCCUCUCGCUUUGAUUCGCGACAUUGCCAAACUCAGUACGACAGCCCUCAUUGCGGACGUAUUCAUCUUCGGUGGCUUGGCCUACAUCUUUGGCAGUGAAUUCAAGAUUAUCGCUGAACGUGGUAUCGCGGACGUCAAGCUUUUCAAUCCAAGGGAUUUCCCUUUGUUCAUCGGAACUGCUGUUUUCUCAUUCGAAGGCAUCGGUCUCGUCAUCCCUAUUUCCGAUUCUAUGCGCGAACCUCACAAAUUCCCGAUGGCCCUGACUGGUGUAAUGGCCUUCCUCGUUGUUCUGUUCGGAGGCUCCGGCGUUCUUGCAUACCUGACCUUUGGUUCUGAAAUCCAAACGGUCGUUUUGGUCAACCUAGACUUGCGCAGUAGAAUGGUUCAGACGGUCCAAUUCUUUUAUGCUAUUGCAAUCCUUCUCUCGGUCCCCCUGCAACUAUUCCCCGCUGUUCGAAUCCUAGAGAACGGGAUCUUCACCCGGAGUGGUAAAGCCGACCCUCAAGUCAAGUGGCACAAGAAUUUGUUCCGGUUUGGAAUGGUCGUCUUGUGCAGCUUGAUCAGUUGGGCUGGUGCUGCCGACCUAGACAAGUUUGUGGCUUUCGUCGGAAGCUUCGCUUGUGUUCCAUUGUGCUAUGUGUACCCCGCGAUGCUUCAUUACAAGGCUGUUGCAAGAACUAGACGCCAGAAGUUGGCUGACAUUGCUAUGAUCGUGUUUGGACUUAUUGCGGCUGCCUAUACCACAAUCCAGACGCUCAAGUUGAUGAUCGCGCCCAGUCCUCCAGCGGCUCCUGUUGGAACUUGCGAGCUGUAG